GCCGCUGCAUCGCUCGCGCCUCAGCGUCCGUCGUCCGUCGUCUCCGUCCACCCCUCCUCGGCACCCACCACCAUGUCCCUCCGCUCGGUUAUCGCCACGGCUUCGCGCGCCGCCGGCCGCAGGGCAUUCACCACCUCGGCCGCCCGCCGCUCAGACAACCUCAUGAUGCACCGCGACUCGGCGCACAACAACGCGUCGCUCCCCUUUGCGUGGACCGAAGAGAGCAAGAAGGAAAUCGAGAAGACGGUCGCAAAGUACCCACCGCAGUACAAGAAGGCGGCGGUGAUGCCGGUGCUGGACAUUGCGCAGCGCCAGAACGGCGGCUGGGUGUCGCUGGCGGCCAUGAACGAGGUCGCGCGCACUCUCGACAUGCCCCCCAUGCGCGUGUACGAGGUCGCCUCCUUCUACACCAUGUACAACCGCGAGCCAGUCGGCAAGUACUUCGUGCAGCUGUGCACGACGACACCGUGUGUCCUUGGUGGCUGUGGUUCGGACAAGAUCCUCGAGGCGAUUGAGAAGCACCUCGGCAUUAAGGCUGGCCAGUCGACCAAGGACAAGCAGUUCACGUUCAUUGAGGUUGAGUGCCUCGGCGCUUGCUCCAACGCCCCGAUGAUGCAGAUUAACGACGACUACUUCGAGGACCUGACGCCCGAGACCACGGUCAAGGUCCUCGAGCAGCUUGCGCGCGGCGAGAAGCCCAAAGUCGGGCCUCAAUCCUCUCGUCUCGGCGCCGAGAACUCCGCCGGCCUCACCACAUUGACCUCGAAGCCUUACGGCCCCGGCGACCACUGCAUCCCCGAGUUCCAAUAGAUUAAGACGAUAUGCACAUGUACAGGAGUACAGGGUGUAGACGAUGACGAGGCCGGCUCUUGCCCCGCCCAGUACACCUUCAUCUUUGUCAGACAAACCUACUAUUGACUUCUGAUCAGCGACAGUGACG